UGUAAACAAUACUAAAAUUAAAAAUUAUUAAACAAAAUUCUCUCUUAGAAAUUUUAUUUUAAAGUGAUGUCAGAUUCAAUAAAUAAUUUGUGCUCUAUGGCACAUAAAGAAGGAAUUAAAAAUUCAAAGAUAUUAAAGGAAGAAUUUUCCCAAACAACAGACCAAAAUAAUCAAGAUUUUAUGGUUCCAAGUAGAGAAGAAGUGAUAAGAAAACGGAAAGAGCGUAACAAAGCGAAAAAAGAUGCAAAAGCAAUAGAACGUGAAAGCAAACUUUUAGAAGAAAAAUUAAAAAAAUCUGAAAAAAUUAAAACAUUAAUUCAUGAGGAUUUCGAAAAAAUUCAAGCAAAUCAAAACGUCCAGCAAAAACCAAAAUAUAAAAAAUUACAUACGUUUAACAUUUUAGAUUAUAUUGUAACAAAAAAUGUUAAGAGGAGACAUAAAACUUUUAAUAAUAAUACCAAUAAUCGAUUACCAAAAUUUCAAAUAAAAAGUGGGAAGAAGCGAGAAAAAAAAAUUAAAACUGCUAGAAGUCGUUUGAAAAAGGCAAUUAUAAGAGCUAGAUUACUAAGAAAACAAUCUAAAAAUGAAGAAAUUGUAGAAGGUGGAAAAAUUUCAAUAAUGGAAUGCAAAGAAAGCUUGCCAGAUCAAGAAUCAAUUAUAAAUAAUGAAGAAAAUGGUCAUAUGAGUUCAAAUUUAGAAAAUGUCAUUAUUAAAUUAGAUGAACUUAAAGUAGAUGAUCGGAAGAAUUUAAGAAAAACAAUUCAUUCAAGAAAAUUUAGAAGUUACUGUGACAAUUUAACUUCAUCGGUACUACGUAAAUUAACCGAAGAUUUAAUUAGAAAAAUUUAUGUAUUUCAAAAGAGGGCAUAUCAAAAAAAUGAAAUAAAAGCAAAAGCACAUCGAAGAUACGUAAUGGGAUUUAAAGAAACAAAACGUGGUUUAAGUAUCGGAAAAGUAAAAUUAGUUAUUAUUGCUCCUGAUUGUGAACAAUGUGAUAAUACUGAUGGUAUUCAAGAAACUAUAGACUGGAUAAAAGAUAAAUGUAAUGAAAAUGAAGUACCAUACUUAUUUUCAUUACGUGCUCGUCAAAUUGCUUAUUGUUUAUAUAUUAAAGUACCUGUUUAUUGCCUUGGAAUAAUUAGUUACGAUGGUGCACAAGAUAUUUAUAAUGAAUUAUUAAAAUGUUUAAUAAUAGAACGACAAAAUUAUUUGGAAUUGUUAAACGAUGAAAAAUUUGUUUAUAAUGAAAUAGUAGAAGAUAAUUGAAUUUAUUUUUCUUAACAAAAAAAAAUUCAAAGUUUUAUCAAAAUAUUAGGAAGUGUACUGAUGAAAUGGAAUAUAUGAAUUAAAUUUUUGUAAUUAAAGAAUUUUUGUUAAAAAAGCAAA